CUGGGCUGUUGACCUCCGGAUUUUUCUAUGUUCGGAUCGCCCGUAACAAACCCUAGCUUUACCCAAUUUCGUCAUUGACCACCUUCUUCUUCGUACCUCUCUUUCUCUUCGUCGAUUCGAUCUCGAUUUCUUCUCUUUAGCCUUGAAUCGGCCCAAGAUCCUAAUGGUUCUUGUUCUCCUCUUUCGAUUGAUCCUACUUUGACGCACAGACGUUCCGUGAAUCAAUUUAUAGGGUUAGGGUUUCGGUAUUUUGCGUUCUUUUGUUUUUCGAUAUCCGAUCUGUCAAAUCUUGGCUUGGAUCGAGUCAUUCUUGUUCGGGAUCUUGUUUUCGUCGUGAUAUUCGUUCUGAUUUUGUAGUCUAUUUCGAUUUUUGUUGGAUUUUAGGGUUUCGGGACUUUGAUCUAGCUGGGGCUCGUUCGAUCUAUUGAUCUGUUUGAUUUGUUGGGUGCACUCACUGGACGAAGCAGUUUCUGUUUCUGGGUCGUCUGUAAUUUUGAUUUUUGGCAGAAUUUUGCGAAUCUAGGGUUAGGGUUUUGAUAAAAUUAGGGAUUUUUUUUGUUGCUUUAAUUGGGUUGAAGAAACAAUUAACGUCAUCAAGGAAUUGAGUUUCGCCUCUUUUUUGGCUUCCAAUUUCAAGUCUGAUCUAUACAAAUUUGAGACCAGACGUUUCGUUUGCAACGCCUUGUCUGAGGUAUAAACCAACUCUCUCCCUCUCUUUUUUAGGGGAUAACUUUAGAGACCUUAAGCUGGGUAUUCUCUCUCUCUCUCUCUCUCUCUCUCUCUCUCUCUCUCUGAGUAUGUGUGUGACUUGUGUAUAUAUGAGUAAUUGUUAUAAUGUUAUUAGUUUACUAACAGUGGCAUGCUCCUGCAAGUGAUUGUUUAUUUCAAUAAUUAUGAGUUGCAGAUAAUUACCUCUAAUCUCUAGGCUCAAUUUUCAAAUUUUAAAUACUAGAAAGGGGAUUUCCUUUACGUUAGUCUCAUUAUUUACCUUCCUAAAAUACCCCUAUUACAUAUAACUGCUUCCUCCUUAUAUAUUAAUUUGGGUUUUCAAAUCUCCAAAAACUGCACAUAAUUGUUGCCCUUUUAACUUUUUAUUUCUCUACAAAAAAUAGUAAAAUUUUAUAGAGUGGAGCACACACUUGCUGUGUACAUACAGCUAGUGAGGAAGAAUGUGUGCUGAAAAGACAUCUAGCUGCCCUUCAUUUUUAUAUAGAUGUCAAUUUACUAAAUUUGUCCUUCAUUUGACAAUUUUAUUUUUAUUAGAAAUUUGAGGUUUUUUUUUUUUUUUUUUGGAGUAAUGUGGGGGGAAAUGCUGAUUUAAAAUUGCCUCAGCUUGCUUUUUUAAUGGUAGGGAUUUGUUGCCCCACAGUGGAAAUUUCAGAUGCUUUACUUCUAUUCAUAAAUAAAUGACAAUAUUGUGUUUCUGUUUGUAUAUUCUGUGCAUGCUUAUCUAAUAGAUAGUCUAGCAAAGAGAUGCUAUUUGGAAUUGGUCUUUACUAUGUGAUUUAUGUUUUGCUUGUUUGGGGAACUCAAGUUCAUAGUCACCAGCUUGAAAAUAGAUUUUAUUAUUUCGUAUGAAAUUCUACAAGUCUCUUGAUUACUUAAUUCACGCAAAAAAGGUGAACUUGUGAACACAAUGGUGGAAGUGAGAAUGGUCAUUUUUUAAUUUAUGUGUACUAUUUUUUUUCUUUCAAAAAUCUCAUUUUUCCCAAUAAAACAUCAGUACUAAUGUCUUGUUUAAUUUGCAAAGUCAAGCCUUUGAUGAAAUAAAAAUUCUAGCCUGAUUCUUGUUCUAUCAUUUGGCUUGCAUAAAUGAAAGCGGAAUUGCAUUUCAGCUGAAAACUUGGUUCCUUCAUUCAACAAAAUGGUGAUUCCACCUCUCAUGCAUGCGGAUCCCCGUUUCUUUUCUAAAUUUACAUAAAAAUUUUGAAAAGGGGACUUCUCAUUAUUUUUUUUGUAGAUUUCUAUCUCUUGCUUUGCAUAUGAGAGCAUGGAAUUCAGAUAUUAGACUUUAAUUUGUAUGAGUUAUGUAUAGAGCUUCUUCUAAAUCCAUUCAAUUCCAAAUUCAAGCCCCAAAAUUCAUAAUUCCAAGUAUUACCUUAUAUAAAUUUUGGUAAAUUGGAAAACAAGUUGUCUUUUUGUGAUUAUUUUGGAAUCCAGAAAUAAAAAAUAAAUAAUUGUUUUGCAUAUAUAAACAAACUCAUUAGUUUCUACUUUUUAAUAGAAAUCUUGAAAAUAUAAAAAUUAAAGUUAGAAUUUUUGUAAUUCUUUUGAAGACUAAAAAUUGGAAUAGGAAAAUGUUCUCCACAGUUGAACUGGCCCUAAGCUGUUCAAAAUAGUUGAGAGUUGCAAAGAAUUAUGUAAGUUUAUAGCUAUCUGUUUGCAUGGUUUACUCAAUGAAUUCAAGUUAGCAUUCUUGGGCUUUCCAACAAGGAAACUCAAAUUAUAUAUAAUUUUUUAUUUUGUAAUGUCUAAUAAUUUUUUUUUCAUUUAUAUAUAUAAUUUAUUGAUGCAUUAAAAAAAUAUUGACAGGCAUGUGCUUCAAUACCUUAAAAAUAUGCCUCACCUUUUGCCUUAAUCUUUCAAAACAUUGAUGCUGAAUAUUGACAUUUUUAUUCUAAGAUGGUGUGAUGGAGAAAAUAGUUGCACACUUUUUGUGAGACCUCAUGAAGAACUACUGUAGUAGUGUUUACACGCACACACUCUCAUCAGGGGCAUGCACCAUGAGUGUUCUACAACAGCACCCUAAAUUUUCUGUUUUUUAUUUUUAUUUGUAUUUAUUAUUAUUAUUAUUAUUUUCUUUUUUGGAAAAUAAUAUAAUUGAAUUGUGAUAUGAGACCCCUGAAAUUAGUUUGUCAAGUUAUCAGUGUUUCCAUGUUUUGAUGAUGUUAUUAAAUGCUUACAUGUAUUCUGAGGGUUUAUGUUUUGGAAUUCUGAGGGAGCAAAACUAUCAGGGGGUGGGUUCAUUUAAUAAUAGAGAGAUACAUAUGAGUAGUUGGUUACAUGUAUAUAUUUUAAUUGGUGUUGUUUUUUUGAUUUGUUUAUGUUUUAUUAUCUGUUUGUUUCUUUGUUUAAUGUUCUUCAGCAACUAUAUUGUAAGUUUCCAAAGAAAUUCCUUUGCUGGAAAUCCUGUUCAGGUUUUUUAAAAAACCCUGAAAUUUGUGAAGUAGCUGAUAAUUAAAAAAUUUGCUGAUCAAAAUGUGUUGCCUGAUUUUUCUGAAAAAUAAUUGAAUUAGCCUCUUUCAACUCAUGUAAAGAAUCAGGCUGGGUCUACCUCUGAUCCAUAGUUGUCAAAUCGAGAUUCGAAUUGUGAAUUGAAAUUCCAAUUUUGGGAAUUGAGAAUCGAGAAUUAGAUCGAAUUGAAUCAUAAGAUUCAGUACAAAUUUCCAAAAUCAAUUGUAAAUGACAUGCAUAUAUUGAUAUACAACACAACAAGCAAAAUAGUUAAGUAUAUUUAAAUUUUGACUAUAAAAAAAUCAUGUUUCAUGUGUGUGCUUUCCCUAAAUAAAUGAAAAGCGUGGGAGUGAGUCAAGAAUAUUGAUGAAAAAAAAAUUUUGUGUUGUUUAAGGGAAGGAAUCAAGAAAAUUAACAAAACUGAACUUCCAGUGUUGACCAAGAAUUAAAAAAAUAAUAUUUCAUGCAUUUUCUUUCUCAAAUUAAAAAGGAAAAAGCAAUGAACAUAAAAAAUAAUAAUUGAACAAAAUACUUGAAAAACCAACUUUUAAAUCUUCAAAACACAAUAGAACAUGAGUUCUACCUGUACCACCUUUGCUAAUGAGUGUUUGGUUCCUCAGUGGCAGAACAUCAUACCCCUCAAGAGUGAUGAAAUGGUUUUUUGAAGGCAAUGUUAGACCUAAAGUUCUAUUUUCUCCUUUUUUCUAGUACAAAACUAGCAUAGACAAGGGAUGGAGGGUAAUCUUGUAAAAAUAAAAGCAAAAAAAAAUGUUAUUAUUUGGGGUUUUAAACUAGUCGUCGAGUAUGUCAAGAUAUGAUAUGAUAGGUCCAGAAUCGUGUGAAUCGAUGGAUUCGAAUCAAUUAGUUAGACUCACAAAGUGAAUUGAUAGAUUCAGAAACAAUCCAGUUAUUUUUAGAGUCGAUACUAAGAUUUGAAUCGAUUUGGUGUGGAAUUGAUAUGAAUCGUGUGAAUCGAACUGGGAAUUGUAAGAUUCUAACAACUAUGCUAUGAUCACAGUAAGCUUUGCAAUUUUAAACUAGGAGAGCUUAAUAUUUUAUAUUUUAAAGGAGUUUAUGUGAUCAUUAGAAUGAACAGAUUGCUUUUCAUCCAUUUCUGUAUGGUUCUUGUCGUGGGUGUUGCCUUUCCCUUGGAUGCCCUUCUUUUCUGUUGGAGUGUUUUAAUGGUAUGGGCUGUGGUUGUUUUUUGACCUUUUAUUCAUGCUGUGGGCACACAUUACUUGAGUGCACUGGCUUCCAAAUUCUCCUUUUAUAGUUAAGAAGAUAACUGCAACUGCAUUUUUUUGUUAUUAUACCCUUGAUGGUUGCUUUUCUUUCAAGUUGAGAAAGAUAUGUUAUAGGGGUAUCCUGAAAAGUUGAAAAACUAGACCAAAAGUAACUGCAGAAUGCAGGCACCCCUUUCUAGAAGUGGCAAAGCAUCUGAGCAUGACUAUUCUUGUGCCCAUCUGCCAUAGCCUGGGAAAUCAUAGGGGAUGAUGGAUGGUGUAUAGGGUUGGUGAGUACCAAGUUGUGGUAACUUUAAUUGAAUGAAAGCAUGAUGUAAAAUCUGGCCUCACACCUGAUGUGCGACAUUUAUUUGACAUGGCACUAUAUAAAAACAGGCAGUUUAAUGAUUUACCAGUUCAGUUGACUUCUUUGCAGUAAAUGCAAAUGAAUAAAAUAAUUCUGCAGAACUCAUUCCCAUGUCAAAAAGAGUACGUUUUUAAAUAAUUUUCCAGUGCCGUGUGAUGAAGCUUCUGUGUGACUGGUUGGUGCACCAUGCCAUUUUAAGACUGCUAUAAAAUUAUUUUGUACAUGUGUGUGCGUGAGAGAGAGAAGGGUUGUUUAUUUGCUCCUUGCAGCAUGUUAACGUAUGGUUAUAGCCCAACAUGUUUUCCUGUUCUUACAUCUGAUCAUUAAUAUAUUUGUACUGUUUGUUGUAGUGAAAAUGGUGCAGAAACGUCCUUUCAAUGAUGAGGAGUUAUAUAAGGUUUCUUCUAAGCAUCCAAGACAAUUGGAACACAAUAAUGAGCUAGUUCCAUUUUUGGAAUUUGUUCCUUCCGAACUUGCUUUCCAGAAACUCUUCUUUUCUGCUGAGAGUGGCUCCACAAAAAUAGAUAAAAUUGAAGGUGAUGAGAAAAUUGCUAUUGCUACAGACAGUAUUGUUGAGCCUCCAGCAAGCAUAGAGGACACUGAAACCAGUGUCCCUGGCUGCUUAUCCUGGGCCACGAGCAGUACUAGUGAAGAAGAUGCCAGGUCUGAGGCAGUUCUUCAUGAACCUUUUUCCCCCAACUAUUUUGAUCCUGAUCGUUCAACAAGGACCUUUGCCCGCUCAGAGGAGUACUAUUCUUAUGUGGAUCAGCCUUCUCGGAGGCGAAUUCCCAUUGGACCAGGUCAUCAGGCUGAUAUUCCAACAUGGGGCUUGCAGGGUACCGGUAAUUUGAAUUAUUUAGAUUCAUCUGAGCCACUAAUUUUAGUUCCUAAAGCUUUUGACCGGGACCUCAUAGGUGGCAAUGACGAGAAAAGAUUUAUGGGGAAUUGUGUAAUUCCAAUGCCUGAUUCAGAAGCUCAACCAACGGCACAUGAUACUAUCAAAGCUGUAAGUGGGAGAACUGAUUGUAGCUGCCGGGACAAGGGUUCUCUCCAGUGUGUUAGACAGCAUGUUGCAGAAGCAAGAGAGGAACUCAUGAAAACACUUGGGCAGGAGAGAUUUGUGGAGCUGGGAUUCUGUAACAUGGGAGAAAAAGUGGCAGAGAACUGGAGUGAUGAUGAAGAACGAUUAUUCCAUGAGGUGGUUUUUUCUAACCCAGCAUCAUUGGGCAAAAGUUUUUGGGAAAAUCUUUCAAUAGUCUUUCCUUUCAAAGCCAAAAAGGAGAUUGUGAGCUAUUACUUCAAUGUCUUUAUGCUUCAAAGGCGGGCUGAGCAGAAUCGAUAUGACCCAGUGAACAUUGAUAGUGAUAACGAUGAGUGGCAAGAGAGUGACAACUCUGGUGAUGAACUUGGAAUGACGGAGGAGGAUGAAGACUCUGUUGUUGAAUCUCCUAUUUAUCACGAUAUUGGUUAUACUCAAAGCUGGGAAAAUGAUGUCCGUGAAUAUGAUGAGGAUGCUGUGGGUGAGAUUUGUGAUAAUAAUGGAAGUGUGGUUUUUGGUAGCUUUAAGGGCAUCAACAACAUUGCAGAGACAUGCCUUGGGAAGCUCUCUGACAACUGCAGUUCUGAUCCAACAUUUCCAAGCUUGGAGAAGAUUCCCCGGGAAGAAAGUGAUUAUCACGAGGCCCAAGAUGAGUCCUGCACAUCCUUUGACACAGGGGUUCCUGCACCAGUGACUGAAGUGAAGGCUGAGGACGGCAACCACUGGCCAGGUAGUCCCAAUGGGUUUAGUAAUGGUAGCGUGCGCGGAUAUGUUUUGGAACCUUGUGAUGCUAAAGUAUGGGAGACUGGAUCUGGAUAUAUUACUUGCCCAAAAAAUGAAAUUGAUUUUUUGCCCACGUACAGUGUGAUUGAAGAGGUUUUUGGAGUUGGAACUUGGAAUUGCAAAGCAAGGGAUGGGAAGGGACUGAGUUAGUUGCUAGGUCAUAAUCUCCUUGCAUCUGGGGUAAUGCUUGGAAAGUACCGGGCUUCUCUGGAUUUUGGUUUUUCUGAGGCCACUUCACUAGAAAAUUCUUUGCUAUAGGAAGCAGAAGUCCAAUUUUCUCUUGUACAUUAAAUAUAUAUAUAUAAAUAUAUAUUAACAGAUGGAAACCCUGCCUUCAGUGUAAUAUUGUGUUUCCUGAUGGUGCUUGGUUUCUCUGUAUUUUUAGAUGCUCUCAUUGUACCUUAUCACAUUCCUUGCUGUCCGACCCUUUCCCCCACCUUGGGGAAAUGUGUGAUAGAAAAGCAAGGCUCAUUUGUAGAAGGUAUGGGCAUGUGAUGCAGUAGGUUGGCAAUUGUUAUUUCCCUUCUAAUGCAAUGCAAUAUUUGCGAAAGAAGUCUAUGUAUUUCUCCUUGUUUGAGCAAUGUGUGAAUUGUACAUACACCGAAUUUACCAUUUUGUUGUGAAAGAAGGAAUAAUAAAGAAAACAUACGUUUCUAUGAUUA